UCUACAACUGAACAACAGAUACAAGUGCUAUUGGAUAUAUAAAUUUGAACACAACAAAAAUAUCUUUUAAGUGUAUAUCAGAAAAUAUAACAAAUGUGCAUUAUAGUUAGCCUGUAUUUACGAAUAUCAUGUUUAACUUCAUAAUGCUGUGAAUAUUUUAGUCAGGAUCAUAAAUGAAAGAACGAUUAUUACAGAAAAUAAUAUUAAUAUAACCACAGAUAUAAUUCAUAUAUUCAUAAAUGUAUAUAUAGCGUGAUUGGUUAGCCUGGUAGUGAGGAGUAUUGUGCCAACGGGCAGGAUCUGAGGGAUGAAGCUUCCUGAAGAGGUAAACCUGCUGAUCUCCAGUGCAGAGGCAAGUCCUCGAUCCUCCACACCCACAGUUGCCCUGAGCGAGGUGGAGGAGCUGGUGGAAACUGUUAUCGUACUGCACAAGGACUCGAGGACCCAUGAACUAGGCCUGAGAGUGGUGGGCGGCGUUGACACCUACCUGGGAUGUGUGGUGGUGGAGGAGGUGACGGAGGGCGGAGAGGCGUGGGUGGACGGCAGGCUUCAGAGAGGCGACAUUAUUCUCCAGGUCAACAACACGUCCCUCAUGCAUUCUACACAAGAGGAGGCGGUGAAGGUGUUGCGAUGCUGCUCCUCCCCUGUCAGGCUGCUUGUGAUCCGUGAGGACCCCGAGCAGCUCUUCACCACUACCAAGGAGCCGACGAUAUUCAUCACAAUGGAACUUUACAAGUCCAGUGUAGCAGAGCGUAUAGGGUUGAGUCUCAUGGAGCGAAGAGACAGAAAAGGAAUCUUCGUCACUCUAGUGGAGGCGGGUAGCCUCGCAGCUGGCUACGGAGGCAUAAUGCAGGGAGACAAGCUGCUGGCGGUGAACCAGACCUCGGUGGCCUCCCUCAGUCUGCAGCGUGUUGUCUCCAUCCUCAGGAGUUUGGAAGGGAGAGUGGUGGUUGUAGUGGGUCGGGUACCAGAGCUUGCUGGGGCCAUUCAGAGGUGGGCGUGCUCCCAGCUCCACACCUCCACACCUACACCCAGACCCACCAUACACUCCUGGCUUCACUCCACACUCCAUAAGCAAAGGGAGUGUGGAGCGGGUAGUAUGGAGGAUGCUGGAUACGGGUCGUCGACGUUGCUGGCAGGAAGGAUGCUCCUUGAUGAUCACACCACCGCCGUCUGCGCCGCCCCCAGGUUCCCACUCCCACUAACCCUUAUCCGCAUCCUCAGAUCACUACAUGGCCGCUCCACACCCUUCACACGCACGGUUCUCCAGGUUCCAUCCACACAAAUGGCUCUCCAUUCCACAAAUAGUGUUCAUCAGGGCCUCUCUCCACACAGUGACGGUCAGGGCCCCACGACACACAGUGACCUUCAGGGUCUCUCCACACGCAGUGUCCGUCAGACCCCCUCCACAUACAGUGUCCUUCAGGACCCCUCCACACACAGUGUCUAUCCGGGCCCCUCCACACACGCUGCCCUUCAGGGCUCCUCCACACACGCUGCCCUUCAGGGCCCCUCCACACACGCUGCCCUUCAGGGCUCCUCCACACACAUUGCCCUUCAGGGCUCCUCCACACACACCGUUCUCCAAGGCUCUUCCACAUCCUUCACUCACGUAAAGGUCCUCCAGGGCCCCUCAACGCACAGGGCCCUCGACCAGGGCCCCUCAACACACAGAGUCCUCGAUCAGGCCCCCUCCACGCACAGGGCCCUCGACCAGGCCCCCUCCACGCACAGGGCCCUCGACCAGGCCCCCUCCACGCACAGGGCCCUCGACCAGGCCCCCUCCACGCACAGGGUCCUCGACCAGGCCCCCUCCACGCACAGGGCCCUCGACCAGGCCCCCUCCACGCACAGGGCCCUCGACCAGGCCCCCUCCACGCACAGGGUCCUCGACCAGGCCUCCUCCACGCCCAGAGCCACCAGAUCCUCCUUACGGGCACCAGCUCACGUCUAUAACACUGCAGUGAUCUGUGCGGAGAGUGUAACCUGCGGAUCACACAAACCAUUUUUAACUGGAAUAAAAAUCACAAGUUUUUGACCAAUUAAAUGACGAUUAAAUAUUAUAAUAUAUCAGUUAUAUUGUAUAAAUAAAGAUAUUAUUGCGUGAAAUA